CAGGGGCCAUCACAGCGGUGUACGUUGACCAGACCAUGGUGCUGGCCAGUGGAGGACAAGAUGGGGCCAUCUGCCUGUGGGAUGUGCUGAAGGGCAGCCGGGUUAGCCACAUGUUCGCUCACCGCGGGGAUGUCACCUCCCUUACCUGUACCACCUUCUGCGUCAUCAGUAGUGGCCUGGAUGACCUCAUCAGCAUCUGGGACCGGAGCACCGGCAUCAAGCUCUACUCCAUUCAGCAGGACCUGGGCUGUGGUGCAAGCUUGGGGGUCAUCUCCGAUAACCUGCUGGUGACUGGCAGCCAGGGCUGUGUCUCCUUUUGGGACCUAAACUACGGGGAUCUGUUACAGACCGUCUACCUGGGGAAAAACAGUGAGGCCCAGCCCACUCGCCAGAUCCUGGUGCUGGACAAUGCCGCCAUUGUCUGCAACUUCGGCAGCGAGCUCAGCCUCGUGUACAUGCCCUCCGUGCUGGAGAAGCUGGACUGAGCAGGGGUGGGAGCUGACGGUGUACAGCUGAGUCUUCAGAAGCGGUCUCUGAACUGUCCUGUCCUGCCUCGUGACUGUAAUAAUAUU